AUGCAAUCAGACACUAAGCACUCUACUACUUCACGCGCACCUUCACCUGUGCCAUCUGCAGUACUCUAUGAAACCAACAAGACCAACCACUCUUCACCUCACUUACCUCUUCCACAUGCCCCACAACGUCGUUCUAGCUUCUCUGCCGAUCAUACAACCGAACAAUGCUUAGAAAAACCACUUGUUAGUCAACGGUCUUUCCCCCACUUGCGUAAAAAACAUCGCCGUGAAUCCGAUACAACAUUUGCAAAUGAAAAGAGAAAUCAUGAUUUCCAUGCCUUGUUUAGAAGCGUUCCAGAUCAUGAAAGAUUAAUUGAUGACUAUGGCUGUGCUCUUCAAAAAGAAAUCUUACUUCAAGGUAGAGUCUAUAUUUCCGAACACCAUCUCUGCUUCAAUGCAAACAUUUUUGGCUGGAUCACAAACUUGGUCAUUGCAUUUGCAGACAUUGAGGAUAUUGAAAAAAGAUCGACAGCUAUUUUCAUACCAAACGCAAUCUUGAUUUCUACUAGUUCAUCCAAGCACUUUUUAGCUUCCUUUCUUUCACGUGAUCAAGCAUAUGACCAAAUGGUUGAGAAUUGGAAAGCAUCUAAAACAGCCAUGGCCCCUAUCGAUGACGAAGAAGAGGAUGAUACAACCAGUGCUUUUUCAGAUGAUGAAUUUAGUUCUUCCUCGGACUAUUCUGAAGACGAAUUAGUCCGUCUGAAUGAUACACCAAACAAAGAUCGACAAGGAUCAUUAGCAUCACUGCCUUUACCAAAACAUGCAUCGGCUGAAGAAGUAGCCAGACGCCGUGCUAUUUCAGAAGUAGGCCAGCGUCCCAUGAACAUGCAAGACGAGACUAAAGAAGCAACCGAAGCCAAUCAAUUGAUGGAAAAGACGGAAUGUGAUUGUAGUAAAAAUAAUCAGCAUUUUCCAACUACUGUCAUGGACAAUACAUAUGAUACCACCAUUGACACCAUGUAUAAUUUACUGUAUAAUAGUUCAUUCAUGCAUACUUUUCUUACUGAAUCAGAAAAGAGUACAGAUGUGUGUAUAGGUACAUGGUCUGAAGGCUCUGAGGGUUGUAUACGUUCUCGAGAAUCAUCUUAUGUAAAAUACCUCGGUGGUUCAAUUGGACCCAGGACAACCAAAUGUUACUUGGAUGAACAAGUCCAAUUUUGUGAUUUAAGCAACUAUGUCAGUCAACUCACCAUCACACGCACGCCUGAUGUGCCUUCGGGUGGUUCUUUUACAGUCAAAACACGAACAUGUCUAUCUUGGUGUGGUCAAGGACAAGUCCGAGUGCUGGUCACAGUGCUUGUCGAUUUCACCAAAUCAUCCUGGCUGAAAUCCACCAUUGAAAAGGCUACAAUUGAUGGUCAACAAACCUUUUAUAAGAACCUAGAUGCUGCAGUGCGCAAGCAACUCGAUAAACCAAAACGUACGCAUCCUAAAAAGAAACGGCGUCCCAGACAUCACCGUAAACAAGCUACUGAAAUACCUGCUCAACAAGACACGGAACAGCAUGCAUGGAUGGUCAAUGGGCUUAACUGGAUCAUAAGCCAUGCUAAACCACCCAACACAGCACAAUUGACAGUGAUCUGCAUGGCGAUUAUGGUCUUGACUAACAUGUAUAUUGCACUUAAAAUGGCAGGCGUCGAUAAACAAUUGGAUCAAAUGGGUCACUCACAAACUGACUUUAUCUAUCCUAAGCUUCGCAACCACAAUAAAGAACAAGACGAUCAACUCGAAUUUUCCAAAACAGCCAAAAUAAAACUGGACCAACGUAUGCUUGAAUUGGAGAAAAUGAUACAAAAAGCAGGAGAAAACAUGGAGCAAGUAACUCAAGUGGUUCGAGGACAAAGAAAACGAAUUUUGAAUCAAUAA